AUGAACGACGCGAGGAGGAAGAAGAGUGUGAACGGAGGUGCACCGGCGCAAACCAAUCCCGAUGAUCGGAGAUCUAGUCUUCCCGAACUUGAGGCUUCUCCGCCGGCGGGGAAGCGAGCUGUCGUCAAGAGUGCGGAUAUGAAAGAGGAUAUGCAGAAAGAGGCUAUCGAUAUCGCUAUCACUGCAUUUGAGAAGUUCGGUGUGGAGAAGGAUAUAGCUGAGAAUAUAAAGAAGGAGUUUGACAAGAAACAUGGCGCGACUUGGCAUUGCAUUGUUGGUCGCAACUUUGGCUCUUAUGUAACACACGAGACGAACCAUUUCGUUUACUUCUACCUCGACCAAAAAGCUGUCCUGCUCUUCAAGUCCGGUUAA